GAUGUCAGUAGGCAGAAAGAUUUCAACAUGGCGUCGAGCGAAGGAGACGACUCGCUCUAUCCGAUAGCCGUUCUUAUCGAUGAACUACGGAAUGAAGACGUACAACUGAGGUUGAAUUCUAUCAAGAAAUUGUCGACUAUAGCUCUGGCAUUAGGUGUGGAGAGAACGAGAAGCGAGUUAAUUCCUUUCCUUACUGAUACAAUAUAUGAUGAAGAUGAAGUAUUGCUAGCAUUAGCUGAACAGCUUGGCACAUUUACAACUUUAGUUGGUGGUCCAGGACAUGCCCAUUGUAUAUUGCCUCCUUUGGAAAAUUUAGCAACAGUUGAAGAAACAGUUGUUCGAGAUAAGGCAGUUGAGUCAUURAGGAGCAUUGCAGGAGAUCUGUCAACCCAGGACUUAGAAAAUCAUUACUUUCCUCUUGUUAAACGACUUUCUCAAGGUGAUUGGUUUACUCUAAGGACAUCAGCUUGUGGUCUCUUUGCUGUAUGUUAUUCGCGUGUAAAUUCAAACUUGAAAGCCGAGUUGAGAGGAUUGUUCCGUAAUUUGUGUAGUGAUGAUACACCAAUGGUUAGAAGAGCAGCUGCUGGCAAAAUCGGAGAAUUUGCCAAAGCUAUGGAACUUGAAUUUGUGAAGUCUGAUUUAAUGCCCAUGUUYAAUAGUCUUGCUUCUGAUGAACAAGACUCUGUGCGGAUUUUAGCUGUAGAAAACUGUCCACAGAUUGCUUCUACUUUGCCAAAUGAAGAUAAAGAAUCAUUGCUAAUGCCAAUUGUAAAAACUGCUGCAUAUGAUAAAUCAUGGAGAGUGCGUUACAUGAUAGCUGAUAAGUUUACAGAGUUACAAAAGGCUGUUGGUCCAGAAAUUACUCAAAAUGACCUUGUGGUGGCAUUCCAGUUACUUCUUAAAGACUGUGAGGCUGAAGUUCGUGCAGCUUCUGCAGGGAAAGUUAAAGAUUUCUGCGAAAGUCUGUCGCCAGAGAUAAGAGAACAAUGCUUGAUGACAAACAUUUUGCCUUGUGUCAAGGAUUUAGUAGUUGACCCUAACCAACAUGUAAAGUCUGCAUUAGCWUCUGUUAUUAUGGGUCUUUCACCACUUCUAGGCAAAGAGAACACUAUAGAACAUCUUCUUCCACUAUUUCUUACAAUGCUUAAAGAUGAGUUUCCUGAAGUUCGCCUAAAUAUUAUUUCAAACUUGGAUUGUGUGAAUCAAGUGAUUGGUGUACACCAGUUAUCUCAGUCUCUAUUACCAGCCAUUGUAGAACUGGCAGAAGAUACAAAAUGGCGAGUGAGACUUGCAAUCAUUGAGUAUAUGCCACUUCUUGCUGGACAGCUGGGAGUAAAGUUUUUUGAYGAAAAACUCAACAAUCUAUGUAUGACCUGGCUUGUUGAUCAUGUUUGUGCCAUCAGAGAAGCAGCUGCACUCAAUUUGAAGAACCUUGUGGAGACAUUUGGUACAGAUUGGGCUCAGGCCAAAGUGAUUCCUAAGGUCUUAGCUAUGGCGCAGGAACCUAACUAUCUUCAUCGUCUUACCACUCUUCAUUCAGUCAGUGUUCUUGCUGAAGUAUGUGGUCCACAAAAUGCAGUUAAUCUCAUGCUUCCUGUUGUUCUUGGUCUUGCAAAGGAUACUGUUGCUAAUGUCAGAUUCAAUGUUGCUAAAACUCUUCAAAAGAUUGGACCACUUAUGGACGCUUUGACUAUUCAACAACAAGUAAAGCCUUGCCUGGACAAGCUAAAUGCAGACACUGAUGCAGAUGUGAAAUAUUUCGCCCAGGAAGCUCUAACAGCUUUCUAGUACCUUCUUCUAUAUUACAAAGUGUUAUAGCAAACUACAAUCAUAUUACUACCAGUAGAGGGAAUUGUCAACAUUCCUACAAUGUAGAACUUGGAUCCUUGAAAGUAGCCAAUGAAAAUUCAUGAAAAAUGUCUUCUCUCUUUAGUUUUUAUAGCAUAAGAGCAGUUCUUUUUUGUAGCAAUACUUUUUGGUAACUAUUUCCACUACAGACAAUGCAAAUCUUUAUUGAUUCUAUGUGAUGCAAAAUGAGACUAAGAUAGACAUUAUUUUUUUUGUGACAUUGCUGUUGAACUUAAUUUGCAGUGCUGCUACCAAAACCAGGCCCAUCUUCAUUUACAAAGACAUUACACCUUGAGCUAGGGUUUUAUUUGCCAAUUCCAUUGUAAAUUUGAUAAUAUUAGAAAGAGAAUAAGAACACAAUGUUUUAUUUGGAAAUAUCAGACCUCUUGUUUCAUGCAUUUGGUCCUGGUUUUAUAGAGCAGAUUUCCUAUGUUUGUGAAAGAGCACAGACUAGCAUAAUUAAUUAUAACAAUGGUAAUGAUGUAAUGAAAUCAUGAAAAUAAAAAAAAACAUCACUACAACAUCACUACAGCAUGGAUAACAGGAAGUUCUGUGAUUUUUACACACUCACACUAAAUUUGCUCUAAUAGCUGCACUGUAUAUAUCAUGGACCUAUUCAUCAGUACUUGAAAUACAUGUAUAUGGUAUUGUUUAGUUUCUUCUUAUUUCAGAACAGAUUUUCUAAGUAGAAUAAUAAUAAAUUAUCUAUUGAUUGUG